AUGCUGAAGCCCCGUUUUCAAGUAUUAGCGAGACAUGCUGGCCUUCGUGCUCAGGGUCUUGCGACAAUCAAUACCUCGAGAUUGUUACGGAGGGCUACUACAGCACUGCUUCUAGGAGGCACAUCUGCUGUCGUUGCCGCUUAUUUUCUCUUGCCUGACAUCUCCCGCGGCGCACCAACUUGUGACAGCAUACCCCUCAGCCCGUCUCACUUCACGCCAGCGAAACUCGUUUCGUCCACUUAUGCAUCAAGUGGAACAAUAAUGUUGACUGUCGCGGUACCUCCCGAACUUUUGCCCAAUGAAAGCGAUCUCUUCGCACCUAUCUGGUCCGUCUUCAUCAAAGACGAUGACAUACAAGUGGAACGACCUUACACUCCACUCGAUGGGGUAGACAAGGACGGAAAUAUGAGGUUUUGGAUCAAAAAGUAUCAGCAUGGCGAAGUCAGUCGGUGGUUGCACUCGAAAAAGGUCGGGGAGACCAUCGAAAUUCGAGGCCCUCUCAAAACCUGGUCUUGGAAGGAUGAUGCUUGGGACGAGAUUGUUUUGAUAUCCGGUGGCACUGGUAUUACUCCAUUCUACCAGCUGCUGCGUACCGUAUUCUCCAGCAGUCCAUCCUUCCAUGGCCGAAUCACCCUGUUACAUUCAUCAAGAAGUCCCUCAGAACUACCUCCACGUGAGGUCCUCAAUCCUCUAUUAAAACUCGCGCAGCAUAAUCCCGACAGGCUGAGACUCAAGUUGUUCGUCGACUCGCUUGACGAAAGCAAUGGUCAACGCUUUACAGAUCUAGAGAUGCACCAUGGUCGUAUUGGGAAAGAUUCGAUACGUCGUGCCCUCUAUUCCGCCUCUCGUCUUUCUUGGUGGCGCGGCUUAUUCUCGCGAGAUAGCGAGGACAGUGACCGAAAGAUACUAUUUUUGGUUUGUGGUCCACAGCAAAUGGUCGAGGCUAUCGCAGGACCUUAUGGUCGAAACUAUUCACAAGGGCCAAUAGGCGGAGUACUGCAAUCAUUGGGUUACAAGUCACACCAGGUGUGGAAAUUAUAGAUAUUCCAUCUAUAUAAUUCAGCUACACUUCAACUCCAUUUACCCGGCACUAUGGCGGUCUCGUUCCCUUGCGAGCUUGUGAUCUUAAUCUAAUGUGUCAUGGGUCGCUAUAGCUUGACGAUCAAUGUCACCCUACAUCUUUAGCAUUUGUUUUAUGGACUUUGGGAGGGACUAAUCAGAGCGCAGACUGAUUCGGUGUUUCAGGUCACUUUCGUCUGUUUUUACGAGUUGUUGGCUACUGAGAUAAACCCUUGUUGCUCUAGGAGGUGACACUAUAAUGUCUCCCCUUGCCGGUCAUUUGACGAGCAUUGACGCGCUCCACGCAUCGCUCUGAUAUGCGGAUAAGGCAACCCAUCCCUGUCCGAACCCCUAUAUAUACGUUGUUCGGCCUUCUCAAAAUUACUCACGCGAUGGUCCUAAGAACUGUGCCUCGGUG